AUGGUCCCCGCCCCAGAAACCGACAACAAGGGGUUCAUCGAGAUCUACACGCCCAAGAUCCAGGGCGUGGCGACGGAGUCCGGCGCGAGCGUCUUCAAGCUGGGCUACUUUGAGCAGACCGCCUUCCUGGUCCAGCCGCCCCAGCUGGCCAAGUAG